UCGGCCGGGUAGGGGUGGCACACCGGCUGGCCGUAGCCCCCGAGCCGGGAAUCCACAGCCUGGGGCUGAUGGCCAGGGCUUCGUGGGCCUCAGGUUCCCUCCCCAGGAGGCUGCACCGAACCCCCUCCCCAAGCUCACACUUGCAAGUCUUCCUCCUGGCACCUCGGGAAGGGACUUUACUUGGAAAUCCAGGCCUUUGCAGGUGGCAGCGGCUCAGACGAGGCUACCCGGGGGCGGGGCGAGCCCGAAUCCACAGGACCAUGGCCACCGGGAGAACGGAGGCGAGGACAUGACGGUCGCAGCAGCAAGCAGGAGCUGGGGCGGGGGGUCGUGCAGCGCGCCCCUCCCGUGGCCUCAGAUGGCCUCUGAGCCCCUCCCCCUCUCUGGGAAAGUAAGCUGGCGCCGGGCCCCCCGAGAAUACACCCCUGUUGGCCCGCGGCGGCGAGCUCUGUGGCCCAGGGAGGCGUGCAUUCCCCGCGGGCUGCCCCAGCCCCGGUGUCCUCCACAAGGGAGGCACAAUUGCGUGUCCACACCCCCCCACGCUGGGAACAGACCCAGUGCCCUUAGACAAGGGCAUGGACAAGCCAGCUGUCCGUUCACACGGUGGACAGCCACCCAGUGGUGGAAGGAGCAAGUCCCCGAGACGCGCGCCGUGGAGGGAACCUCGACUGUCAGGCCUCUGAGCCGGAGGCGUGCUGCAGGAUCCCAACCCAAUCCAGUGUACGUGGCGUGUGCAGCGCGCACCUGCCGAGUGGGCUUCGAGUCUGCAAGCCAGACACGGGAGGCGAGUGGUGCGGAGGCGGCCCGGGUCAGGCGGGGGCAGCGGAGCCGAGAGCGACAGGGAGCUGUUCACGAGGAGACACAGUUUCUGGAUCUUUCCUCUUCUCCUCCACGUGGUGACUCUCGGGGGGCUCCCGCGCGAUGCCAGUCAGCUUCCGAGGCACAGAAACGCGCAUACGCGGUGGACGAGAUCGCAUCUCGCCUUCCAGGGGGAGACCCGUCUGGGAGAGACACGCGUCCAGCGCGCCAGGCUGCGCUCGGGUGGGGUCUCCCGGGGCGGGGGAGCCUCGCCGGGGCUGCCCUGCUCCUCGCUCCACCUUCUUGGCCCCAGUUCUCAGACCCGUUACGCCUCGCACCUGCCACCUGCCGCCGCCCUGCAGCCACUGCCUGGCAUCUUGGGUCCCCAGGGUGGGCCUGGGUGCUGUGCCCGGGUGCUGUGCCUGUGGCCCCGUGGGGAUGA